GCCAGAGGCGUUCCGGGGCCAGCCUGCAGAACCCCGUGUCGAGCGCCCCUCGGGUAAAGCUCCGGUUCCAGCAUGUUGGUCCUGUUGUCUGUCACAGACCAGUUGAACCAGAGCUAGCUGCUCAGUGACUUAGGGUGGACGGGAGACUAAAUGACUCUGACUAAAGUCAGCUGUACAGCCCGCGCUAACAUCUUGAUUGUGCGCGCUAACAUCUUGAUUGUGCGUCUGGGCGCUUGCUCCCACGCCUGCCCUAGGAGAACAGAGGAAGUGGAGGGGGAGGAAUCCUCGCCGGGAAAUGAGAAGUGUGUUUCCGAGGGAAGAGGCAACGAUCCCACCCCACCCCAUUCGCACCCCGCACCCCAGGAUGGAGCUUGCUGGUCUUUCUCUUAUACCAGUAGCUGGGAUGGAGAGGAUGCAUUCUCUCCUCUUGGGAAAGAGGAUUUGGGAAUGGAUAGAAAGGAAGCCUCCUUUAGGCCUGUAAGCAUUCCCAAGCAGUCUACCCACAAGAAGGUGGGUGAAGACCAGUGAAAAGAGAUCCAGAAGAUCCAGAUUACUAACCUAAAUUUGUAAAGUAAGGUGCCAGGGCAGCAGAGCCUCUCAGAGUCCACUAGAUCCCUUCAUUAGCAGAGAUCUCCGUGGAGGUGCCCUGUCCUGAGCUGGAAUGCCUCUGGGGAGUGUACAGGCUAGAGCACUAGGAAACAGAGAUAGGUCUGGGAAGUUUAAUAGAGCCGCACUCGGCACUUGAAGUCCUCAUUUAAGCCAAGAAAAUAGAGUUGUGGAUGAUGCUUUAAAUGCAAUUUGACAAAAUUCCUUCUAGAAGGGGUGGUACUCAGCACCUCAAAAUCUGAGCUCUGAGUGAGUGCGGAGUUCAAGUGCAAAGGUAGGAAAACAACAAGACACUAGCCAACUUGCAAAGGAUGCUGAGAAGUCCCAUCAUAUGUGAAAUAAGACCAUCAGUCAAAAUUAACUGAAGCAGAGGAGAGGGACAGGUUGCUAUUGUGCAAAGAAGGAAAAUUCCACAGUCCAUGGUCCUGUACGUUGGUAGGUCAUUGUUAGACUAUUCAGUGCCAGACAUGGUAGUCCAAACCUGUAAUCCCAGCACUGGGGAGGCUGAAGCUGGAGGAUCGCCUUGAGUUUGAAGCCAGCCUGAAUAACAUAAUGAGACCCCGUCUCAAAGAAAACUUAAAAUCUAGGCAGCUUCGGAAACAAAAACUUCCACUUCUACAAUUCUGCUUCCUCUUCUACAAUCCUGACAGGAUAGCUUAGUGACUUUAGUUCAAGUCCCUUAUAUUACAAAUGAGAGUAAUUGGGGCUGGGGAUUUAGCUCAGCAGCAUAAGCGCCUGCCUUGCAAGCACACAGUGCUGAAUUUGAUUCCUGGUACCGAUUAAAAAAAGAGAGAGAGAGUAAUUGUAUUACAGUUGAGGACCUUUUACCUGGAGAAGGGGAGAACUGGAACUGAGGUCACUGAGUCCAGGUUCAGGACUCCAGGAUAACUCAGAGGGGAAGAGGAAGUGUUAUCCAUCCCAGACUGGUCUCAGAGACCUCACAAAGAAGUGGAAUAAAUUAGCACUAUCCCAGUGCCUUCCUGUUCUGUAAACACUGCUCUUCCUUGUCAUAGCAGAGCGGUAGUCUACUCAGUAUUCCUUCUGCCCCCAAGCCUCUCAUCUGGGUAUUCCUUUCCUCUCGGGACCACUCUUUUAUCCCAGCCUGAACAAACACACCCACCCUCCAGCCUCUAGCCUCAUUUUGGGGAGAAUACAGGCUAGAGCACUAGGAAAAAGAGAUGGGUCUGGGAAGUUUAGUAGAGCCAGCAGCCACUGCCCAAGUUCCUCAUUUUUCAGGACCCAUACCAUUUGUUUUAUUUGCUGGUUGGUUUUAGUUUUUGAUUUGCUUGGGGAUUGUAAAGAACUGAUUGCUCAAAAGUCUUGGACUUUAUUGUGCUAUAUUAUCUUCCCAUUUAUACUCAUCAGUAAUAAAAACAGAUUAGGGAGCUUCAAAGCAGCAGUCUGGGAGCUCCCUGACCGUUCUUGGCUCAGAGCUUGAAGCACAGUGUCUUUCUACAGGAGACCUUUUAGUGAAAACACCCCUUCCUGAGGCUUUGGUUAAUGGUGAUCUCUGCUGUGCUUGAGACACUCCCAUUACAAAUAGGGCCUCUGUGACAUCAACAGGAAGUAAGACUAAUGUACUUGCAGCCAAUCAGUUUGGUAAAAAAAAGUUCAAAACCAAGGCAGCUCUACCCUCCUGGCAAGAAUCCAAUCCCUAGAAGAGGAUAUGGAGAUUUUAAUGGAUGAGCCUGUGGAGUGGGAGACACCUGAUCUUUCUCAGGCCGAAAUUGAACAGAAGAUCAAGGAGUAUAAUGGCCAGAUCAACAGCAAUCUCUUCAUGAGCCUGAACAAAGAUGGCUCCUACACAGGUUUCAUCAAAGUUCAACUGAAGCUAGUGCGUCCAGUCUCAGUACCCUCCAGCAAGAAACCACCCUCCUUGCAGGAUGCCCGGAAGGGAUUGGGGCGAGGCACAGCCGUGAGGCGCCGCACCUCCUUUUACCUGCCCAAGGAUGCUGUCAAGCACCUCCACGUGCUGUCACGCACACGGGCAAGUGAGGUCAUUGAGGCCCUUCUACGGAAGUUCUUGGUGGUAGAUGAUCCCCGCAAGUUUGCACUCUUCGAACGGGCUGAACGUCAUGGCCAAGUGUACUUCCGGAAACUGUCAGAUGAUGAGCAUCCCCUCCGGCUACGGCUCCUUGCAGGGCCUAGUGAGAAGACCCUGAGUUUCAUCCUGAAGGAGAAUGACUCUGGGGAGGUAAAUUGGAAUGCCUUCACCAUGCCAGAACUACACAACUUUCUGCGUAUCCUGCAGCGAGAGGAAGAAGAACACCUCCGACAGAUCCUGCAGAAGUACUCUCGUUGCCGCGAAAAGAUCCAAGAGGCCCUGCAUGCCUGCCCCCUGGGGUGACCUCUUAUAUCCCUGGGUGGCAGGAGGAGAGCAGGCAGUGCCAAGAGCCUGCUGUGUGAGUGUGACAGGGCCCAUGGGCCUGAGGAAUGAGUGUACAUGGAGGCCUUCCCCUAAUAGGGAGAACAAGCCCAGAGAACAGCAAAGGAGCUGACCCCUCGUGUCCACCAAUGGAUGUAGCAGAACGUGUCUUUGCACCCCUCCACCUCUUACACACUGGGUUACAGCAGUUAAGGUUGCCAUGGGCAGCUGCUCCAGGCUUGCAGCAGAGGUGAGGAGAUAGAAGUCUCCUUAAUGCAUGUCUCAGAUAGGAGAAUCUCGAAGCACCUACAACCAACAGAGUGAUGUUUACAGGGAUAAGGGCCCUCAGCUAUGGAGAAAGGUUGUGUUCUGGGUCUUGGAUAAAGUGUCAGGAAAGCUUUUUCAGAGCCAAGAAUGAGUGUUCAGAAUAAGGUGGACAUUUGGGUAGAGUCUGGGUUCCUCUUUAUAGUGCCUUCUUAAGGUCAGGGAAUGGUUCACAGUAUAGUAAUAGUGCCUCAAUGCCUCCAAGGAAGAUGUCCCUGGGCCAGACCAGAGUCUUCAUGAAUGAGGACAGCAGGCCAAGUCUAUUCCUCAUUUAUCAUCAAAACUGGGUCUUCCUCAUUUGUUUGUUAAGGUCUCGAUUUGUAGUGCAGUGUUGAACUCCAGUGUAGCCCAGGCUGGCCUCGAACUUGUGGUGAUUCUUCUGCCUCAGACUCCCAAGUGCUGAGAUCACACCAUACCUGGAUCCCUCAGAUAUUUUUGAUGAAAUGCAUGAAUGUAUUGUAUGUGAUGUUUUGUGGCCUCAACUGAAUGCCUCCUGUGGGGUAAAGGAUGGAGUUGGUGGCAUUAUCAGGGCCUGAGGUCUGAGAAAAUUUGUCUGAAUAAAGAUUUGAGACUCUUC